CUAACCCUGCUUCUCGCUGAAGAUGGAGGAAGUAAAAACAGGAUUACCCUUAGCUACAGAUCCACUGCCUUAGUUUCCACCACCCACUGCAGUGCACAAACACACGUUAGGCACAGGAAAGACAGAAGGAAAAGAGAGAGAGAGAGAGAGGACACACUAACAGUAAACACAAACAAAAGGGUGAUGGGAUUGUUUUACUGCAUGCACUGCUGAGCACGACAUUGUCACCUCCUCUUGGUGGGGUUAGAAGAAGCUGAGAUCUCCCGACAGAGCUGGAAAUGGUGAUGAAUCUUUUUUAAUCACAGGACAAUUUCUUUUUACUGCACUUUGACUAUGGAAACAGAGACUAUUGAUGGCUAUAUAACAUGUGACAAUGAGCUUUCACCUGAAAGAGAGCACUCCGACAUGGCAAUUGACCUCACCUCAAGCACACCCAAUGGACAACAUGCUUCUCCAAGUCACAUGACAAGCACAAAUUCAGUAAAGCUAGAAAUGCAGAGUGAUGAAGAGUGUGACAGGAAACCCCUGAGCCGUGAAGAUGAGAUCAGGGGCCAUGAUGAGGGUAGCAGCCUAGAAGAGCCCCUAAUUGAGAGCAGCGAGGUGGCUGACAACAGGAAAGUCCAGGAGCUUCAAGGCGAGGGAGGAAUCCGGCUUCCGAAUGGUAAACUGAAAUGUGACGUCUGUGGCAUGGUUUGCAUUGGGCCCAAUGUGCUUAUGGUACAUAAAAGGAGUCACACUGGUGAACGCCCCUUCCACUGUAAUCAGUGUGGAGCUUCUUUUACUCAGAAAGGCAACCUUCUGAGACACAUAAAGUUACACUCUGGAGAGAAGCCGUUCAAAUGUCCUUUCUGUAGCUAUGCAUGUAGAAGAAGGGACGCCCUCACAGGACACCUCAGGACCCACUCUGUGGGUAAACCUCACAAGUGCAACUACUGUGGACGGAGCUACAAGCAGCGUAGUUCACUGGAGGAGCACAAGGAACGCUGCCACAACUAUCUUCAGAAUGUCAGCAUGGAGGCUGCCGGGCAGGUCAUGAGUCACCAUGUACCUCCUAUGGAAGAUUGUAAGGAACAAGAGCCUAUUAUGGACAACAAUAUUUCUCUGGUGCCUUUUGAGAGACCUGCUGUCAUAGAGAAGCUCGCAGGAAACAUGGGAAAACGUAAAAGCUCCACUCCACAAAAGUUUGUGGGGGAAAAGCUCAUGCGAUUCAGCUACCCAGAUAUCCACUUUGAUAUGAACUUAACCUAUGAGAAGGAGGCUGAGCUGAUGCAGUCUCAUAUGAUGGACCAAGCCAUCAACAAUGCAAUCACCUACCUUGGAACUGAGGCCCUUCACCCUCUGAUGCAGCACCCGCCAAGCACAAUCGCUGAGGUGGCCCCAGUCAUAAGCUCAGCUUAUUCUCAGGUCUAUCAUCCCAAUAGGAUAGAAAGACCCAUUAGCAGGGAAACCUCUGAUAGUCAUGAAAACAACAUGGAUGGCCCUAUCUCUCUCAUCAGACCAAAGAGUCGACCCCAGGAAAGAGAGGCCUCCCCCAGCAAUAGCUGCCUGGAUUCUACUGACUCAGAAAGCAGCCACGAUGACCACCAGUCCUACCAAGGAAACCCUGCCUUAAAUCCUAAGAGGAAACAAAGCCCAGCUUACAUGAAGGAGGAUGUCAAGGCUUUGGAUGCCACCAAGGCUCCUAAGGGCUCUCUGAAGGACAUCUAUAAGGUUUUCAAUGGAGAAGGAGAACAGAUAAGGGCCUUCAAGUGUGAGCAUUGCCGAGUCCUUUUCCUAGACCAUGUCAUGUACACCAUUCACAUGGGUUGCCAUGGCUACCGGGACCCACUGGAAUGCAACAUCUGUGGCUACAGAAGCCAGGACCGUUAUGAGUUUUCAUCACACAUUGUUCGAGGGGAGCACACAUUCCACUAGGCCUUUUCAUUCCAAAGGGGACCCCCAUGAAGUAACGAACUGCACAUGAAGAAAUACUGCACUUACAAUCCCAUCUUCCCUCAGAUAUUGACACACCUUUUUGAAGAAAUAUUAUUACUGUCAAUAAUUCUUAUUUUGUGGAUGCAGUGUCAUUUGCUCUGCCUAAUUACAAAAAGGAAGAAAAUGGAAGUGUGAAAGGAUGGGUUUCCUGAUAACUUGGCUUAUUUAAUUUUGUGGAAAUUUCAAGCAGUUCUGCCAUGGGUAGAUAUUAAGGCAUGUCAUGCUUUGGGGAAAAAAUUCAGUUGAUUCAUAUGGAUUCACCUAAGCGAUUCUUAUUUGCCAUUGAUGUUCAGGAUUAUGAUUGAAGGCAGGAAAGUUUGGAGUUUUCUGGGUAGAACUUUGGCAAUUUCAAAUGGUUUAAGUAAUUUUAUUCUUCAAAGAAGAUCUUGUUUCAAAAUGUAAACCAGUCUUUUGUUCUUUAGAAAUCAUGGAACACAAAUUCAUUGUUACUUUCAAUGAUAACUGCUAGGACAAGUUGAGUUGUUGUGGGUUCUAUGUUUACUUCCCCUAUGGAAUUUAUAACUCAGUCUGUUUUACACUGUACCAUAGAGCAAAACUUUUAAACCACAAGUAGUUGAGGACAACUACGAGACACCUGAGGUCCUUUGAUCUUAUUUUUCUAAACUUAAGCACUGUUUUUCCAUAGUUUUGAUGACUGGCAUUUUAUAGACAACCUUGCAGCCUUACUUUUAACACCUGUAACAAAUAGUAUUUUUUAUGUAGUUUUCAGAAUAACAUAUGGUCUAAGUGGAUGAGAAGCAGUAAUUUCAGGAGGGACUUCCACUUUUCAUAAAUUUCUUCAAGAUUUUUGUUUAAGGUUUUAACAUGAGAGAAGGAUACUUUCACGUAUUUCCUUCUAACACUAUGCUUACAAUUGUCACUUUAUCAAACUUUAAUCAGUGUUAACCAGUCAGCAGAAAAAUAUGAGGCUAACAGUAGAGAGAAACCCCACCUAGUGAUCUUUGAUGUUUCUCUUCACUCAUUUUUUUUUCAAACUGUGACCACUCAGUGUUCCGCUCAUUGUCCAUUCCUCUUUUACUCUUGGAGUAGAAGAUCUUAAAAGUCUUGUGAUAGGCUGCCUCUUUCAAAAUGUCCUCAGAGAAACUGCUAAUUUGACCUGCAUAUGGUAACUUGAACCCUGUAAGAUUUGUUUAACUAGGGCUAUUUAUUCUAGUAUUUCUUCGGGAAUAAUAUUUGCUUCUUUUACUGCAGAGAAAAGGGAACUUCUUUACAGCCUGUACAUCGGACUAUACAGAUCUAACAAAGAAACAACCAACUCUUCUCUUACCCUUCUUAGACCCUGGAAUAUGACAGAAUCUUCAGGCACAGUUUUUUCUUUUAAAAAAUAUUCAGUUCUAUGAAUCCAUGUCAAAAGUGGAUCUAACCCCGUAGCACAGAAUUUCUCAUCUUUUAAUUCAUUCAUGACAUAUUUUUAUGUUUCACAUGCAGAUUUUACUUUCAUUUGUGUGGGUGCUUUGUUUUAUCUUUUCAGUUCAGUAGCAUUAGUGGAGAGAAAUGGAGUAACAUUGGUGCUUGGGUCAUUUGAGGCACCUGAUGUUCGUUCUGUUUGCGAAGAGCAGGCCUAACUAUAACUGGAUUAUUUGUGAGUAAUUAGUUUCGGGUAUGCAGUAACUAAUAUCUGUUCUAAAAGUCAAUUAAAUACAGUGCUGAAGAGGUUAGACUAUAAUGUGGAGUUAGAAGUGUCAAAAAUAGAGAAAUAUGGAUGGUCAAAUUUGUCCUCAGCCUUCUCUUUAUUGUACUUCACCAUUUGCUUGUUUAAGCAAAUUCUAAGCACUAACACAGCUGAAACUUGGUGAAAAUGGUUCUAAUUUACCUCUAUGUAAUCCCUGUCUUAAAUUAUCUUUAGAGAAAAUUUUAAACAACUCCUUUAAAUCUAUGACAGUGUACCAAAACAAAGAUAUCUAGAAUGGCAACUAUUUUUUUUUCUGUCUUCCUACAUCUGUAGGUAGAUGGCAAACGAAUCACUUAUUCAAAGACAAGGCAUGUCUUUGAGACUUUCUGACCUUUACUUAGCCUAUCCCUCCCCCAAUCAUAAUUGAAAUGCUUUUUCUUUUUCCUUUUUGGGUGAGGUAAAGAAUUUUGAGGUUCAUGAUUUUGUGUUUUAUCAUAUUUUAAAGAAAUAAUUGCAUGCCAGUUAAUAUGUCCAUAAUUUUGGACACGUGAACUUUUCCUGACAUUGCAUUAUCUAUGAAUUUUUUUCUGGGUAGUUGCCCCUCCACCCAAUGUAAACAUUUAUAUACUUGCUAUCCUGGAGAAAACUGAAUUCCCGACGGACCUAAAAUUUGUGUGGUUCCACUGUGAGUGCAAUAUUAGUGCACUCACCUCUUUUGAUUUUAUCUUAUCAGAAAAUUUAAUUACUUGAAGAGAGCUAGUAGGUGUGAAGGUACAUUUGCUCCAAGUGUGUUUUCUUAGCUGUUAUGACAUGAGGGACAAAAGAGAGAUGGAGAUGACAUCUCUGGUGGGAACAACUGAGGACAAGGUCGGUUCAAAUUUUUAGGUUAGAAGGAGUUUUUGUGGACAUCAAGCUUUCUUUAAACUAUGGAUGGCUAUAUUUUCAUGACUGUUCUACGCAAAAGAAAAUGUGCAGUUCAGUAGCACCUAAAAAUAAAUAUGAGGACCAGAUACCAAAUAAAUCAAAUUUUACAUAACAGUAGCAUGCACAGUUUAUUUAGGUGAGAUUUCACAUUGCAAGAAGUUUUUGAGGCACAUGAAAAUGGGUUAGCCUCUGUAUUUUCCAGUUGGGCCAAAGUUAAAAAAUUCAUCCUAUUGUCUUGCCCUAAUUUUGCCCAGACUUUGUAAGCCUCUCUGUAAUGAAGAAUCACUAUUCUAAGGGCACUUUAAAACAGAGAUAUUGGCCAGGAAACAGAUUCGAAGAUGAAAAGUUGUCAAAAUAUUCCAUUGGGAAUUUUCUGGAGGAAAAGAAUGGAAGAAUGAGAGCCUGGAGUUCAGAUUUUUUGUUGUUGUUGUUAUUAAGAAGUCUCUCUUUCAUGCAUGCAGAUAAUGAAUAUGCGUGGAUCAUAUUGUGAAUGCAUGUAUGUACCACACACAUCUCUUAAAAUUUAUCAAAAGAAGCAGAGUUAUCCCGUGUGUUAUAAGGAGAUAGAGUUAAAAUUAUAUUCAGUACCUGAGCAAUGAAGUUUACUUUUCCAAAGUGAAUGUAUUAAGAAAUACUAAAGAAGUUAUAAUUGUGUCUUUAGGACUAGUGGCAGUUUUGAAGCUUAGACCUUGGGACAAAAUGAAACAAACAGCAGGGGUGGGGGUAAAGUUGAUAAACUCAACAAUGAAAACUUAAAGAAAUAUAGAUUCCUUUGUGGAGAGGAAGAAAAAUAUUUUACAUGUUGACAUAUGGAGACAGGCAAAAACAUUUUUAAGAGCAACUUUAAAAUUUUUUAUUUAUUAUAAUUUUUGUGUCCCAGUUUUACAUCUCAUAAAACCACAAAGUCUUUACUUGGUAUAAAUAUUUAUCAAAAUUUACAUUUGAGAAUACAGUUAGAGGAAAAUGUUUUUUUUUAAUAUUUUCUGAAUCUUAUUUUAUCCUAUUUCCAGAGAUAGAGUGGAAUAAGCUGCAAAAAUAUAAACUAAAAUAUG